AUGGACGCAGUUGCACCACGAUCCUCCUCGCGUCCGAGACCAUCCUCUCGCCCCACGACGCCCUUGCGACCGAGUUCGCGCUCUUCGCUCCGGGAAGCCCAUGGAUAUGGUCAUAACAUCAGCCAUGUCGGGUACAACCAGCCCGCCAUCAAUGCCCUGGAGCCUCAAUUCGCGGAACUCGCCGACUCCAUGGCAGACCUGGAGGCCAACUUCAUGCAUCUGCAGCUGAUGCACGAGAGCUUGACGCGCUUUAGCGAGAGUUUCGCUAGUUUCUUAUACGGCAUGAAUAUGAACGCGUUCUGUGUGGAUUUCCCAGAGGCCCCGAUGGCCGAUUCCUUCAAAAGAGCAAAGCAAGCGGCGGCUCAGAAAGGUAUGGAGCGCACCAGCUGCAGCAUAUGGUUGGGAUUCUCCGAUGGCGGCGGCUCACUAAUAGCUCGCGCAGAAGCGGAAAACGAACCAGCCCGACCGGACGAUGGCGAGAUGACUUUCCUUCGCGCUCCUCUACCGGCGACCCUCCUUCUCCUUAUUGACUUCCCGCCUAGGACGACGGACACAUCCUUUGUCGAGCACCCGCCCAGCACCGUUUCCUCCAAGCCAACAUCGAAGUACCCUGCGUCCACCCGGGGCACCACUCGAGGCGGCGCCACUCGAGGAGAUCCCUCUGGGCUUCCUCCAUCCAAACUAGUCGGGACGACUCUUGUUGCGCGCGACUACGAGCCCGCACUGGGCCGCAUGCGCGCGGCCCUCGGGGACGAAUGA